AUGCCCGGGCGAACAUCGACGCGCUCGACGCGCACAUCGACCGCCUCGACCACCAAACGAGCCUCCUCCGCACGCCAGUCCGCAAAUGCCGUCGAAAUCCCAGAUGAAGGCCCCAUCACGCCGCUGCGCACACAAAUCGCCCAAGUCUUUGGAGACGCCCAGAAGACGACGGCCACACAGCGAAAACUGGUCGUCAAUCUACGGAAGAUCCAGGAAGCGUGCUGCUACGAGCCGCCGACCACAGCCAAGGGCGGCAAGAAGGCCCCGGGCGAAGUCGACGACGACUUUGACGAGGAGGACUUCAACACCGAAGUCGGCCGGUGCGUCAUCAGAAUACUCGGCAUCAAGAAGAGCGAGCCCGUGGGAGACAGGCUGAUCCGGUUUCUGGGCCUGUUCCUGAAGUUUGCUGCCGAGAAAGACCAUGCCAUUUUCGCAUCAACCGAGGCCGAAGAAGAAGAGGGCGUUCUCCACGAGACACCCAGCAGCCGUCUGACAUCCAAGCUACUCCUGUCCAUCCUCGGCUUCCUCAACUCCAAAGACAAGACGGUCCGCUUCCGCGCCACACAGCUGGUUGCACACGUUGUCAACAACCUCACAGCCAUCGACGACGACACCUUCAACCUCAUCCGGCUAGGCGUGCUAAAGCGAUUGCGGGACAAGGAGCCCUCAGUACGCGUACAGGCAGUCUUGUGCCUCGGUCGCUUUGUGGGCGAAGACGAGGAAGAUGAUGAUGAGGACAGCGACGACGACGACGACGUGGCUGGUGGCAUCAUGGAGAAGCUACUGGACAUCAUGAUCAACGAUCCGAGCGCUGAAGUGCGACGCGCUGUACUUCUCAACUUGCCCAUGUGGCCAACAACCCUCAGCUAUAUCCUCGAGCGAGCCCGAGACAUGGAUGCAACGACUAGACGACUGGUCUAUGGCAAGAUCCUGCCUGCCCUCGGUGACUUCAGACACAUGUCUCUCGUUCAGCGCGAGAAGAUGAUCAGAUGGGGCCUUCGAGACCGAGACGAUUCAGUUCGCAAAGCCGCUGCGCGUCUCUUCCGAGAACAGUGGCUUGAGCACUGCGCGUCAUCGCGCGAUGAUCGUCCUGAAGAGGAGAAGAAGGCAGGCGAUGCUGCCCCACCAAACAUGGAAGCUUUGUGCGAAUUACUAGAACGUAUCGACGUUACGCGAUCUGGCGAAGAAGAUGGUAUGGCCCACGAAGCCAUGCGUGAGUUCUGGGCAGGACGUCCGGACUAUCGCGAGGCGACUACAUUUGACCAUGACUUUUGGAAGAACCUGGAUGCUCAGACUGCUUUUAUUGCCCGUACCUUCAACGACUAUUGCCACAGCGCCGAUGACGCCAGAGCUCAAGACAUGAUCGAGGACAAGAUGCCCGAAGUCACCAUGUUCGCAUUUGUCCUGCAGAAAGAGCUGAAUUCUCUCAUGGAGCUAGUGCAAAAGGGCGCUGUCAUGGACGAGGAUGACCCGGAAGCGGAAGAGGUACAAGAGGACGCUGAAGAACAAGACUUCAUCGUCCAGCAAUUGCUACACAUCGCCAUGACUCUCGACUAUACGGACGAAAUGGGCCGGAGGCAGAUGUAUAACAUCAUGAGAGAGUCCAUCGCCAAGGCCCAUUUGCCAGAGGAGUGCACGAAACUUGCCAUCGAAGUCCUGAGAACAGUCUGCGGAAGCCGUGGCGAGUCCGACUUCUGUGCACUGAUCUUGGAGGCCAUUGCUGAGGUCCGAGAUAGUCUUCUAGAUGCUGACGAUGAUGCCACCGAGAAAGGUGAGAAUGACGAGGAGAGCUUCCACUCGGCGCGAUCUGAUGUUGAUGCUCCAAUGCUCAUUGGGUCAAAGAAGAACACAGAGGAGCUGACCCCGGAGGAAGAGGAAGCACAGCGAGUUCGUGAGGUCAUGGUAUACUCAAAGUGCCUGCACAUCGCCCAGUGUACACUACAGAAUGUGCAUUGUGACCUGGAGUCUGACAAUUCGUUGACGAAUAUACUGAACACGCUCAUCAUCCCAGCUGUUCAAGCACGCGAGGCCAUGAUUCGCGAGCGCGGUGUAAUAUGUCUCGGACUGGCUACACUGCUCAGCAAGGUAUGUCAUGAGUUGAUUUUCAGUUGGCUCGAUCUCGCUACAAGCAACUUGGAUCUCUUCUUUCACUGCUUCACAAAAGGUCACGACGCUCUCAAGGAGAUCGUUAUCCAGAUCCUGACAGACACCAUCAUCACGCAUCCCCAGCUUCUUGCUCCUCCAGCAGCGGACCCAGAUGCUACUGCAGAAGACGCUGAGUCUGAGCCGAAGCCAAACGUUCUCAUCAGGCCAAUCACCAAAGUCUUAUUGAAGGCUUUCAAUAGCUCAGACAACAAGCGGUUGAAUCUAAUUGCAUGCACAGCUGCUUCUAAGCUGCUUUUGCUGGGCAUCUUACCACCAGCACCAACAGCCGAGAUACUCAAAGCCUUUACGCUAACGUAUUUUGACCCUGAGACGGCAGCAAAUCCAGCAUUAAGGCAAGCCUUGAGCUACUUCCUCCCUGUAUUCUGCCACUCGAAGCUCAAGAAUGCACAACUCAUGGCCCAAAUCGCCGUGCCCGUCAUUUCAAAGCUUCUUCUUAUGCGCGAGGAGACUUUAGAUGAAGAGGCUGACGAUAUGGUAUCCUGGCCGGUCAUCACGGCUCAUCUGUCUGAAUGGACAGAUGGUAGAAAGGUCGUUGGUGCGACCGAACUUGGUCUCGAUGGAAAGACGAGCACUUCCGCGGAGGCAGAGGAGCCACACAUUCAUCUAUCGAUUGAAGUUCUUGAGCGCGCCCUCACGAGCACAUGCAGCAGGGACGAACGCAAGCCUUUACUCUCUCUUCUCAGUAAGCUUUUCAUUGCGCCGUCAUCAUCGACAAGAAAGGGUGAGGAGGCAACCAGCGGAGAGAGUCUGGGCACUCUUCAUGCCCUUGUAUCAGAGGCUGUCGAAGGCAAAAUUGGCAUAGAUGCAACUCAACGCAACUACCUCUCGAAACUCGAACUCAGCCUGACCAAGCGUCUUGGCGAAGUCGAACAUGUCACACAAGUCCCCCAUCAGGAAGAGCUCAACGAAUCAGCUGCGCCUUCCCCCGACCAGACGGAAGCCAAUCUCGAAGAGCAAUCGCAAGCAGAUGCUACGGAAUUACCUGGAACGCAAGAUGUCGACGGCUCAGAAAUUGGUGACGAGGAAGAUGACGGAGAUACGAUGCUGGCAGGCAUGCAAGGCGAAGGCACGCGCAUGCCACUCGAAGAGUAUGACGACGAGAGUGAUGACACAGAGCUCCCGGCAGCAAAGAGGAAUCGUCACACAGUCACGGAAGACGAUAUCGUUGAGAGUUUGUUGGCUAGUGAGAGUGAGAUGUAA